AUGCACGAGCCGAAACUCUCAGCAGACGAGCCGACCACAAGCGACAAGGAGGAACCGAAGCGUCGCCGCCGUUACUUCAACAACAGGAAGAUGGUCACUUGAUUCGGCGACUACAGUAUCUCACUAUUGACAGAGGAGCUACACCGGUGGGAAGAAGUAGUGUAUUACGACGAAGUGAAACGGCACAACAGGAAAAUCUAUGUCAGCAGGGAUCGACAGGAGCAACUAAUCCGCAGGAUUCAUGAGUCCAAGCUUGGAGGCCACAUGGGCAUUGCAAAAACCAUCGCCAAGGUUAAGCAGUUCUUCAGUUUUCCAGGAAUGAAGAACCGUAGCACAGAGGCUCUUUCCCACUGCGAUCUGUGUCACCGUAGCAAGUCUGCGCGACACAAACCCUACGGCCUGCUGCAACCGUUGGAAACCCCUGAGCGACCUUGGGACUCUAUUACGAUUGACUUCAUCACCAAGUUACCAGCAUCGCCAGACCCCGUGCUACCUAAGGUCAAAUAUGAUGGCAUCAUGACGGUCGUCGACAGACUCAAGAAAUGGGCCUACUUCCUGCCAUUCGAAGAAGCUUGUGACGCUGAACAAGUCGCUGACGUGGUACUACGACAUGUCAUCAGCAACCACGGCUGGCCGAAGGAAUCGAUUUCCGAUCGGGACCUUAGGUUUGCUUCCAAGUUCUGGCAAGCAUUGAUGAAACGACUGGGUGUCGAAAGCCAGCUCUCCACGGCAUACCAUCCCCAGACCGACGAAUGA